AGAUCUACGCCAUCACGUCCAUGUUUUUUGUCCUCCUCUCCAUUGCCGUAUUCGUCCUUGAAACGCACUACUGGUUCCGGAUUCCGUUAGCGGGCGUCAACAGCACUUCAAGUUCCAGCGGCUCGACCGGCUCGUGCGCCACCACCUUCUCCUCGUCGGACACCUGCUGCUGCAGGUAUAACACCAACGACGAGCUCAAGUACUCCGACUCCGAGCCGCACGACGCCAUGACGUACUUGGAUUACAUCGGUGCGGGGUUCUUCACCAUCGAGUACCUCAGCAGGAUCUUCUUUUGUCCGAAGAAGCUCGAGUUUCUGAAACAGCCGCUGAACAUCAUCGACAUCCUGUGUCUGCUUCCGCACUACGCGUCCAUCAUAAUAAAGUCGGUGGAUCCGACCGAGAAAAGCUCUCAGAUCAUAAAAACGGUCUUGGCCCUGAGAAUAAUUCGAGUGCUGAGGAUCUUCAAACUGAUGAAACACUACACGGCUUUCAAGAUUCUGGUGUACACCAUCAAAGUCAGCACCAAAGAACUACUUUUAAUGGUUAUUUUUUUAUUCACCGGCGUGCUUUUAUUCGCCAGUGUGAUCUUUUACGCAGAGAACGUCACGUUCACGAACAUACCCAUCGGAUUUUGGUGGGCGUUGGUCACCAUGACAACAGUGGGGUACGGGGAUAAGGUACCAAGGACCGAGGCCGGUUAUUUGAUUGGUUCGCUGUGUGUGCUCUGUGGCGUGCUGACCGUGGCUUUCACCGUCCCUAUUGUAGUUAAUAAUUUUACUCUGUACUACUCCCACGCGCAGUCAAGGGUCAGACUUCCGCCUCCGAAACGCGAAGAGCUCCACAAGAAGUUAGUUCUGAAAAACCAAAAAGCUCAGGAGUUUAUAAAAAAAUUGACCCAGAACGUGAAGAAGUCAAAGACAUUCAACUCGCUCAACACGCCAAGAACUACGGAGACCAAGGAUGACAACCCAUCGAUAGACUCGGGUUUGGAAGAGUGCGUUUCUCCUGGUGCAAACGCCCACAGAAAGCUGGAGUCCAUGGAGUCCACAUCAACGAUGUGCUCCAUGUUGUCAGAGAAGCAGACUGUCUCGGACAGUCCGGCUGGGGCUUUGAUCCACACGGUGUCUGCUGGCAACGCUAUCCACACUGUGUCCGCUAGUGUUGCUGAGUUAGAGUUGGAGUUGCCGGGGACUCCACAGGGCAACUCCAGUGAUCAGAGAAGGGUAAUAGAGUUUUACUGUACAAAUAAUUUAUCAUCAUAUAUCUAAGGAUGCCAUAUAUUUAAUGAGCUCAUUGAGUAUAAUAAGACAACUAUCAGCUUAAGCCCUAUGGGCACAUAUCAUCUGAUAUUAAAAAUAAUCCCAUAGUAUUAUAUUAAAAGAGCAUAACUGAACAUAGUUUCCAUUUCUUUUAUGAUCUGUGACCCGUUCAUUUCUGUGGUAUUCUCAAUUUAUUAUGUUCAAUUUUACACAUAUAUACUACAGGAUGUCACUCGGUGUUACCCGGGUUAGAACAGUGGAAAUACAGCGCUAGAUAUAUAUUUUAUUUUUAAGUUUUGGAUAUUAUUAUUCCAGUAUUUCCUUAAUUAACUUUCCCCAUCGCCACAGGUUUCAAUCAAAAUAAUAGCUGGUCCCAACUUUCAAAGCCUUCAGGCCGUAUCUUCGGUAAAUGAUGGUAGAUCUAAUGGUAAUUCAAGAGAUUCUUAAUUUUAAUGUUCACAUCGGUAACAAUAAAUGGUUUUAAGAUAUUGAUGCCCUCGUAAAAAUGCCCACCUUUCAGAGGAAGACUCUUAGCCGAAAUGUUCUUCUCUUAUUGUCAUGUCUUCCUAUUCAAGCUGGCACAUACCUUGUUCUGCUAUUUCCUUCACACAGUCUGAACGUAGUCCUUUAUCUUUUUAUAACUGUUUUUCACCUUUGUUAGGUCCGCCAUUUGGAGACGGCCAAUCUUUUGAGUGCCCUGGAGGACCAUGAAGAGAAAGUGGAGUUCGAGCGUAAAAGACAGCUGGACUUAAUGAACAUGAGAAUAGAGCAGAAGCGACAAGAGCGCCUCACGCCAAGAUUUAUAGGCUCCCCGGGGGGCAGCACCAAGCCGUUCAACAUUGAAAGUGCCAGCUGCGAUACCCCACCAUUAACUAAACACGCGAAACUUGCUAUCCAACCAUUGCGUUCAACUGGUACCAUCAUGGUACGACCUGCCCAUUCUUUGUUUCUGAAAUUUGCUGGACGAAGAUCAGAAAGAUGAUGGAACAAGCGGGACAUUUUUUCACUUGAGAGUAGGUAAGAAAAGGGAAUGGUUUUAUUUUAAUUAGGAAAAUAAGAUAUAUGCGUUAGUUAAGUCACCGGAAAGGGAUUCUCAGUAAGAAAUAGAUAAGAUACCAUGAACUCAUAAUUCUAAGUAUGAAAUUGAUAAGUUACCAUGAACUCAUAAUUCUAAGGAUGAAAUUGAUAAGAUACCAUGAACUCAUAAUUCUAAGGAUGAAAUAGAUAAGAUACCAUGAAUUCAUAAUUCUAAGGAUGAAAUUGAUAAGAUACCAUGAACUCAUAAUUCUAAGGAUGAAAUUGAUAAGAUACCAUGAACUCAUAAUUCUAAGGAUGAAAUAGAUAAUAUACCAUGAACUCAUACUUCUAAGGAUGAAAUUGAUAAUAUACCAUGAACUCAUAAUUCUAAGUAUGAAAUAGAUAAGAUACCAUGAAUUCAUAAUUCUAAGGAUGAAAUUGAUAAGAUACCAUGAACUCAUAAUUCUAAGGAUGAAAUUGAUAAGAUACCAUGAACUCAUAAUUCUAAGGAUGAAAUAGAUAAUAUACCAUGAACUCAUAUUCUAAGGAUGAAAUUGAUAAUAUACCAUGAACUCAUAAUUCUAAGUAUGAAAUAGAUAAGAUGCCAUGAACUCAUAAUUCUAAGUAUGAAAUAGUUACAAUACCAUGAACUCAUAAUUCUAAGUAUGAAAUAGAUAAGAUACCAUGAACUCAUAAUUCUAAGUAUGAAAUAGAUAAGAUGCCAUGAACUCAUAAUUCUAAGUAUGAAAUAGUUACAAUACCAUGAACUCAUAAUUCUAAGUAUGAAAUAGAUAAGAUACCAUGAACUCAUAAUUCUAAGGAUGAAAUUGAUAAGAUACCAUGAACUCAUAAUUCUAAGGAUGAAAUAGAUAAGAUACCAUGAACUCAUAAUUCUAAGUAUGAAAUUGAUAAGAUACCAUGAACUCAUAAUUCUAAGGAUGAAAUAGAUAAGAUAUCAUGAUCUCAUAAUUCUAAGUAUGAAAUAGUUACAAUACCAUGAACUCAUAAUUCUAAGGAUGAAAUAGAUAAUAUACCAUGAACUCAUACUUCUAAGGAUGACAUUGAUAAUAUACCAUGAACUCAUAAUUCUAAGGAUGAAAUAGAUAAUAUACCAUGAACUCAUACUUCUAAGGAUGAAAUAGAUAAUAUACCAUGAACUUAUAAUUCUAAGGAUGAAAUUGAUAAGAUUCCAUGAACUCGUAAUUCUAAGUAUGAAAUAGAUAAGAUACCAUGAACUCAUAAUUCUCAGUAUGAAAUAGAUAAUAUACCAUGAACUCAUACUUCUAAGGAUGAAAUAGAUAAUAUACCAUGAUCUCAUACUUCUAAGGAUGAAAUAUAUAUGAUACCAUGAACUCAUAAUUCUAAGGAUGAAAUUGAUAAUAUACCAUGAACUCAUAAUUCUAAGUAUGAAAUAGAUAAGAUGCCAUGAACUCAUAAUUCUAAGUAUGAAAUAGUUACAAUACCAUGAACUCAUAAUUCUAAGUAUGAAAUAGAUAAGAUACCAUGAACUCAUAAUUCUAAGUAUGAAAUAGAUAAGAUGCCAUGAACUCAUAAUUCUAAGUAUGAAAUAGAUAAGAUACCAUUAACUCAUAAUUCUAAGUAUGAAAUAGUUACAAUACCAUGAACUCAUAAUUCUAAGGAUGAAAUAGAUAAGUUACCAUGAACAUACGUUUGUAAACAUUUCAAUUUAUCAUUUAAUUUGGGUUGGGGUUGUUUUGUAUUGCAUUUGUAUUGCAAGAUCAUUAUCAUAUAUUGUGGUGGGUUUGGUUGCUCUUGUGCUGAGGGCACAUUAUCAUGGAUUGGGAUGGGGUUUUUUGCCUUUGUUUUGCAAGCACAUUAUCAUUUAUUCCUGUGUGAUAAUUUAGGAAUUAAUGUGGGUUUUGUUGUGUCGUCUUGGGAAAGGAUAAUCCCAUGUCAAAAUUUCCGACCAGCAUUAUGAACCUACUGCAUAUCUGCGCAGGUUUGUGCAGGUUUGUGCAGGUUUGUGCAGGUUUGUGCAGGUUGAUGAGUUGGGGUUUGACGCUGUUAUAAAGUAGGAAAGGCACGAAGGAAAUUGUAAAAUAAUAAAAUACAAAAAAACACUCGAAGGGAAAAUUUAACAAACCAAAUUAAAACAGAAUGAAAAAUCCUUAUUAAAUGAAAGUAACUUUGGCUUAUAACAUUGAAAUUUCUGCCUCUUAAAACGAAAAUAAAAUGAGAACUGGUAGAAAACAACAAAUAAUGGAUAGGAAAAUAAAGAAGUACAAGAAGAUUAGAUGUAAUGUAGAAAUGGGGGGGGGGGGGGUUAUUUGAACGAAAAAUGUCCUGCCUAGAUAGAUUUAGAUUCUCAUUUAGUAGUUCAGGCUUAACGUAAGAGAUGUAGUUUAUAAACUCAGCCCUUCUGCACCUCCACCCUGAAACCACUGUGUAUUCUUGCUGCUUUUUAAAUUUACUUUUCGUAUUUAGUUUCCCUGUAAUGUCGCGUGCACUGGCAGCUGAAGAAACUCGUGCAGGCCCAGAUUAACCUCACGGCGCUUGUUUGAUAUCAGUAGAUUCGCCGGCAUUUAACGGUAUUAAUUAUUUACCCAAUCGCCUUUGCUUUCUCGGUGUUGGGGGUGACCGACAGAUCCGUGAGUAAUAACUCCCAGCGAUAGGGGGCCUCUGAGAUUGGUCGAAGUGACGUCCUAACUUCACCACGUCGGCCAUCGAUUAUCACCUGCAAAAUGACCCAAACAAUAUUUUUCAAAUAAAAAACAAAAAAUCUUGUUUAAAUCUCGAUAAGGCCUGUUAUAAACACAGGAUUCCAAUCCGUGCCAUCUGGCCUCCGAAAUCAAAAUAACCAGAUUACAUUUGCCAUGGCCUUGGAAACUUGUAAAAAGUCGUCUAGAACUGCAGGUUUCGUUAUGAUUCUAUCGACUGACGUUGGGAUAACGGCCAGUGGGAGGUUUCAAAAAGAAACUUUAAAAAAAAAAUAAAUUCAAACAAUGAAAAAUACAGGGGAAACGGAAGCGGACAGAUACCGGUAAUAAAUGGGAUGUUUCUACUGUUUGUAGCAAACGGAAUCCAUCUGAUAGCUGAUUAGGAAUGUUUCUUUUGUCAGGCAGUGCAGCGAGUGAUUUUAACGAGGCUGCUUAAAUGAAAAAAAUAAACCAACAGGUUAAGUAAGAAAAAACGGGAUUAUUAAUCAAAGUCUUCAAAAAAUGGAUGGCUUUAUUAAAUCCCAGAAUCUUGUUUGAAAUUUAUUUCAUAUUUAAAAAAUAAAUAAGUAUCAAAACACAUCAGUUAAAAUUUGUUAAAUUGAAUUAAAAAUGAGAUCUAAGUCAAUCUAAAUGGUGCUAUUUAAAAACAAAAGUCUUGUGAGAUUUACUUUUAAUUUAAUAAAGCACUCUGCUUGAAUUUAGAAUUUUAGUUGCAAGCACACAGUCCAGAAAACCUAAUGAAAUUGAUAUUUUUGUCUGUUUUUAACCAAUCCAAUAUUUGCAUAAAUGUGAAUUUCGACCAAAAAAACAAAAAACAGACAUAUUGCUCUAAAGAUAUCAAAUGUGUACAUUGGAUUACACAUACAACAGCUACACUUUAUGUCUAUUUAAAUGUUUAAAGAAUGGGCAUGCCCAUUUAAUGGGCAUGGACAUUUCAUGGGCAUGUACAUUUAAUGGGCAUUUACGUAUAAUGUGCAUUUACAUUUAAUGGGCAUUUACAUUUAAUAGGCAUUUACAUUUAAUGGGCAUUUACAUUUAAUGGGCAUUUACAUUUAAUAGGCAUGUACAUUUAAUGGGCAUACACAUUUAAUGGGCAUUUACAUUUAAUGGGCAUUUACAUUUAAUGGGCAUGUACAUUUAAUGGGCAUUUACAUUUAAAUGGCAUUUACAUUUAAUGGGCAUUUACAUUUAAUGGGCAUGUACAUUUAAUGGGCAUACACAUUUAAUGGGCAUGUACAUUUAAUGUGCAUGUACAUUUAAUGGGCAUGUACAUUUAAUGGGCAUGUACAUUUAAUGGGCAUGUACAUUUAAUGGGCAUAUACAUUUAAUGGGCAUGUACAUUUAAUGGGCAUGUACAUUUAAUGGGCAUGUACAUCUACUGGGCAUUUACAUUUAAUGGGCAUUUACAUUUAAUUGGCAUUUACAUUUAAUGUGCAUUUACAUUUAAUGGGCAUGUACUUUUAAUGGGCAUUUACAUUUAAAUGGCAUGUACAUUUAAUGGGCAUACACAUUUAAUGGGCAUUUACAUUUAAUGGGCAUUUACAUUUAAUGGGCAUGUACAUUUAAUGGGCAUGUACAUUUAAUGGGCAUGUACAUCUACUGGGCAUUUACAUUUAAUGGGCAUUUACAUUUAAUUGGCAUUUACAUUUAAUGUGCAUUUACAUUUAAUGGGCAUGUACUUUUAAUGGGCAUUUACAUUUAAAUGGCAUGUACAUUUAAUGGGCAUACACAUUUAAUGGGCAUUUACAUUUAAUGGGCAUUUACAUUUAAUGGGCAUGUACAUUUAAUGGGCAUUUACAUUUAAAUGGCAUUUACAUUUAAUGGGCAUUUACAUUUAAUGGGCAUGUACAUUUAAUGGGCAUAAACAUUUAAUGGGCAUUUACAUUUAAUGUGCAUGUACAUUUAAUGGGCAUAUACAUUUAAUGGGCAUGUACAUUUAAUGGACAUGUACAUUUAAUGGGCAUUUAAAUUUAAUGGGCAUGUACAUUUAAUGGGCAUGUACAUCUACUGGGUAUUUACAUUUAAUGGGCAUUUACAUUUAAUUGGCAUUUACAUUUAAUGUGCAUUUACAUUUAAUGGGCAUGCACUUUUAAUGGGCAUUUACAUUUAAUGGGCAUACACAUUAUUUAAAUGAAAAAUUGACAAUGAAAGGUCUUUUAAUGACGUCAAUGUGAGUGUUAAGAUAAAUCAGAAUGGCAGUACAAUUGAAUUAGGAGGGACUGGUCGUAAAAAGCCUAUCGUAAAUAUACGUACCGAGCUACUCCAAUGACACAAGUCUAUGGUAGGUUGUCUUUUUGAAUUUGCCCCCGGUUGACAGAAAUUAUUAUUAAAAAACGAUUUAAAAAACUGAACUUAAAAUCAAACCGAAUCAAGUCCAUUAAUUAUGUCAACACAUUUUACGCAAUUUUUUACCCCCAGCCCCACUUAUCAACAACUGUCAAACUUUCGAUGACCCCCCCCCCCCCCCCCCCCCCCGCUCCUUAUUUAUUUAUGGCAACAUUUUAUACCCCCCUCCCCCCCGUUACAAAAUGAAUUAUAAUGUAAAUAAUUCUAUAAAUAAGUUUUAAUACCACUAAAAUGUAGGAAAACCAUUUCAUGACAUGUUUAGCUUGUUAAUCAACAAGUUAGAACGUUUAUAAACUUACAUUUUAUAAAGCAGAUUCAAUGAAAAGUUUGUUGAAGACUAAAUAUCAUUGUUUGUGAAAGUAUAAAUAUGAUUAUUGUCAGUAUAGCUGACAAUUGUAGCAUAGUUGCCAGGGGUGGACUGGGGAGGUCAAGCGGCCCGGGAACAAAAUCAAAGCGGCCCGGGAACAAAACAAAAAAGCGGCCCUAUCUUCAUGACUUUUAUUUUUAUUAUAUCACCGGUCCUAGCGGCCCAUCGGGAAUCUUCCCGGUGUCCCGGCAGCCCAGUCCACCCCUGAUAGUUUCUAGCUGCUAUUAUCUUCCCAUGGAGUAGCCAGGUGUUGCAGUAUCGCAACAAUAGGCAUCAGGGACAUCAUUUGGGUAGGGGAGAGGGGCAUUUGCACACCCCCCCCCAAUUUUGCUUGUUUUAUUUAAAUUGCUAUGUACUCCGGUAAUAAACAACUUAAGCCGACGAAGUUUUGAUUUUUGCUCCCCACCCUUCCACUGAAAAAAAACCCUGAAAUGACGCAUCUGAUGGGCAUAGUCUAUAGUAGCUGAUUGAUCAUUUUCAUCUUGCUAAACUGAUAUACCAGACAAGUCAGCAGCAUACUUAUCUAACCAUGUCAGUGUGAGCAAUAAUUGCCAUAAGCUCUCUCUGCCUUUGAGUUGGUAUAGUUGUUAUUGAACACAGAUAGGUUGGUGUUUUUUUGUUAAUUGAAAACCGUGUACAAUGAUGUGUUUAUCAUUCUAGGGAGCGGAUUAAGAGAAAAAUGACAGGUCAAGCGAUGCCAACUUUUGACUUCUCUUGCACUAACAAAGUGUCCUAACAUUCUGACCAGCCAUCUGCAGUGCACACAGACAGACACACAUUCAAUAACUCUUAUAUUGUUAAAAGCCUAAACAUAUGUGAUUAUUUAUACUCAUUAAACUGUUUAAAAUAAUAUAAGAACCAGUCAAUUUUUAAGAUUUAAAUUUAAAUAGAAACAAAUAUGAUUGUUGACGUCAAAUAAUCUAAACCCCCCUCUCCCCCUGUCAACUACUGUCAAACAUUUCCGCCCCCCCCCCCGGCCCGCCCUAUUUUGUUGCCCCAUAUCAAAAAAUAGAGACGCGAUGUUUGUGUUACCAUUCUACCAGGAUUUGUAAAUUGAAAGCAUUUUAAUGUUUGACCCAAUGAAAAAAAAUGUGGAUUAUUUUAAAUCAUGAUUUGAAAUGGCAACACAGAAAAUUACUUUGAAAUAAAAGCCUCAAGAAUCGUUACUCUUUGAAGAACUUAAAUGACAUUUAUGACUUCCUUCGAAAAUCAAAGGGAGCUGAUAUCGCAUGGCAUAUCUCAGACCAUCCAAUGGCUCGGUUGCGCUCAUAUCAAUGUUCAGACUAGAUGUUAGCUAGGUGGCGCUCUUAUCAAUGCUCUCUCCGUAUUGAUCAGUUGUCCAAUAAAUGUUUAGCCAAAACACUACAUUUGUACUUGUCACUUACGUUCUUCCAUGUUUUAUUCUCCCCUUCUAGGUCAUGUAUCUGUAUAGAGCUGCUUUGGUGAUGGUUUCAGGUCCACAAGGUCACCACAACAUCCCCAGGACAUCCGUACUUUGUUGUGUAAUUUUUUAAUUUUUUUUUUGAAAUGCUAAAAAUUAAUAUACACUUUGACGCUACGUAAAAAUAAUCAAUUUUUCCAGAGUUCAAACAGACGAUCAAAUUAUGUAUGAUUUUUAUGGUGGAAUUGAUCCAGUCCUUUCAAAUUUGUGACCUGUUAAAUAUUUAUGAGACACCAUUAUUGAUUCCGAUUGUCCAAUAUGUUAACUAUAAUUGUAUUUUCUCUGAUUGCAUCCAGCAACUAAUUAUGCAUAC